AUGGACUCUUCAAGUUCACGAUUGGAUAAUGAGUGUGAAUUUGACGAUGCUCUAACCCAUCAAGAUGACCGUCAAAAUGAUAUGGGCGAAAAGUUUGAAGAGUCGAAGGAUUUAAUGACAUUUAUUUCUGAUGAACAGUUGAAUGAAGAAAAUGUUGAAGAACCGAAUGAAGAAAAUGAUGAAGAGUUUAAUGACAUUUAUAAGGAAGAAAAUGUGGUACUACCUUUGGUGUUAAAGGAUGAUGAGAAAGUUGAAGAACCAAAAGAAUCAAUGACAUUUAGUUCAUUAGACGAAGUCUGCUCUUAUUAUAGGAAGUAUGCUAAGCAAGCUAGUUUUGGUAUAGCGCAAAGAAGCUCGAGAAAAAAUAAGGAUAUAAAAGGUUACGUAAUGCUUAUAUGUACUCGUAGAGGUAAACAGCGAUCUAAAACAAGUGAUUGUGCGAAGCCAACUCCAGCAACUAAUAGAACAGGGUGUGGUGCCAGGAUUUGUUCAAAUUUAUGUGAUGAUGGAAUGUGGUUUUUGAGUAAAGUAGAGUUGACGCAUAAUCAUUCGUUAAGCCCGGGCAAAGCGAGAUUUUUUGGAAGCAAUAAGAAAAUUAAUGAUGCUGCGAAAAGAAAGCUUGAGCUAAAUGACAAAGCAGGAAUACGUUUGUGUAAAAAUUUCAAUUCAUUAGUUGUUGAAAGUGGGGGGUUUGAGAAUCUUUCCUUUAGAGAAAGAGAUUGUCGGAAUUAUAUUAACAAGGCAAGAGAACUCAAUCUUGGUAAAGGAGGUGCUCAAGCACUUUGUGAUUACUUCAGAAGAAUGCAAAAGCAGAAUAAUGGCUUCUACUAUGUGAUAGAUAUAGACGAUGAUUGUAGGUUACGAAAUGUUUUUUGGGCUGAUGCACAGAGUAGGGCAGUGUAUGAUUUCUUUGGAGAUGUUAUUACGUUUGACACAACGUAUUUGACCAAUAAAUAUGACAUGCCAUUUGCUCCUUUUGUAAGAGUGAAUCAUCAUGGUCAAUCUAUACUUUUAGGGGCAGGACUAAUUUCAAGUGAGGAUACAGAUAGUUUCGUGUGGUUAUUUAAAUGUUGGUUGGAGUGCAUGAAUGGCCAAGCCCCUAAAGCAAUUAUGACAGACCAGGAUAAAGCUAUGAAAAAUGCAAUUGCUAUUGUUUUUCCUGAAAGUCGACAUAGAUAUUGUAUGUGGCACAUUAUGAAAAAACUUCCUGAAAAAUUUGGAUCACAUGCUAAUUUUGAUGGCAUUAAGAGUGCCAUAAAUAAAUGUUUGUAUGACUCUCAAACAUGUGAAGAAUAUGAGGAAAAUUGGAAAGAUCUACUGGAGAAGUAUAAUCUUCAUGAUAAUGCAUGGUUGGAUGGGUUAUAUAUGGAUAAGACAUUUUGGGUGCCGGCAUACAUGAAAGAUACGUUUUGGGCGGAAAUGAGUACUACACAGCGAAGUGAAAGUAUGAACGCAUUUUUUGAUGGUUACAUGCACUCACGAACCACAUUGAAAGAAUUUGUUGAUGAAUAUGAUAACGCUUUAAGGAGAAUGGUCGAGAGUGAGGCACGUGCUGAUUUCGAUUCUUUCAAUCGCACAAUCCCAUGUAUAACCGCCUUGCAGUUAGAGAAACAGUUUCAAGUUGUUUACACAAAUGCGAAGUUCAAAGAAGUACAUGAGCAGUUUGUGAAAAUGAUGUCUUGUAAUAACGCUCUUCUCAAAAGUGAAGUUGCGAUUUCUACCUUUGAAGUUGUUGAAUAUGUUGCCGCAUUCACUUUCCGUGUUACGGACAAAGAAAGUGACAACUUUGCCACAAAGAAUGUUCUUGACAGACGGAGGAAAGAUAUUAAGCGAGAGUACUCAAAGGUUAAGAGUAGUUAUGAUGCCAUUGGUGCCCAAAUACAUGACAAAGUGAGGAACAAUUUGGAAGAAUUACUGUCGCUCACGUUAGUAAACACGGAGAAACGUUGCAUGGAACUAAUAAAAAGAAUUGAUCAAUUAAAGGAGUUGUGGCGUUGCGAAAAUCAAUCUUUUGGCAUUCCAGCUACUGUCACAUCUUCUAGCUGUAAAAAUGUGCUUAGUCCUGUGAAGGCCUCCAAAUCAACGGAAAAUCAAGACAACACUAGUCAAUCUCCAUUGCCUUCUGUGCCUUCUGCAGAUCAUGAUCAUAGUACUCAGGAUCACGGCUGUUGUGGCCUGUGGGUUGGAGCUAUAGCGAUGGAGGGAGAAGCAAGGGAAGGACGAUCCUUGUCUGAGACCCCCACUUGGGCUGUUGCAACUGUAAUCACUGUCAUGGUUACUUUUGGAUUCUUCUUUCAUGGCUCUUUGAAACGCUAUGGAAAGUGGUUGGGGAUUCAUGGGUCUUGCCCUGUUUGCAGGUACAAGAUGCCUAUUGAGGAGGAAGACGUGGGCAAGAAGAGGGAUGAGGAAGGGGGAGAGAGGGAGAUUUGGGUUAGUUUUUCUUUCAAUAGUGGUAGGAGAAGUGGGGAUUCAAGUCAAACUCCAACCAGUGAUUCCAAUGAUCCCAGUGAUUCUUCCUCCAGUCCUAGGCCUGAUCAUGAAACGGAGGUCUAG